UCUCCGACCACUUUUAAUAAACUGAAAACUCCACUCUGUGAUAAGUCAUCGUCGUGUCGAUUCCACUCUAUCACCACUUCUCCUUCAUCUUCGCCUCUUCGCUAGUCUCCACCGCCGGCAUUCCCGGAUUCCGCAGCAUCAAAUGGAGCUUAAAAGCUUCCACCGCUCUUCUGCCUUCCUCGUAUUCCUCCUCUCAGUGGUGAUUCUAUCCCCGGCGACGGUGACUUCAAUAGGAGUAAACUACGGUCAAAUCGGAGAUAACCUACCGUCACCUGAAGACGUAGUUCCACUAGUGAAAUCAAUCGGAGCAACCAAAGUGAAACUGUACGAUGCAAACCCACAAAUCCUCAAAGCUUUUGCCGACACCGGGAUAGAGUUCAUCGUGGGACUCGGCAACGAGUACCUCUCCAAGAUGAAAGAUUCUUCCAAAGCCUUAACAUGGAUCAAACAAAACGUCACCCCAUUCCUACCGGCGACGAACAUCACCUGCAUCACCAUCGGAAACGAGAUCUUAGCUCUCAACGACUCUUCUCUCACCGACAGUCUCCUCCCAGCGAUGCAAGGAGUCCACUCCGCUUUAGUAACCGCCGGACUCUCCGACCAAAUCGCCGUCACCACCGCACAUUCUCUCUCCAUCCUCAAAACAUCGUUCCCUCCUUCCGCCGGAGAGUUUUGGCCAGAUGUAAUAGAUUACCUCAAACCGAUCCUCGAGUUUCACCGGAAGACAGACUCUCCGUUCUUGAUCAACGCCUACCCUUUCUUCGCUUACAAAGGAAACCCUAAAGAGAUCCCUCUCGACUUCGUCCUCUUCCAACAGAACCAAGGAGUCGUGGAUCCGACCACCGGGUUCCACUACGACAACAUGCUGUUCGCGCAGAUCGACGCCGUCUACUCUGCUUUAGCGGCGGCGGGAUAUAAAACGCUUAAAGUUCAGAUAUCGGAGACGGGAUGGCCGUCGAAAGGAGACGACGACGAGUUCGGAGCUACGCCGGAGAAUGCCAAGAGGUAUAACGGAAACUUGAUAAAGCUUAUGAAGAAUGAAAAGACCAAAACACCCUCAAGACCGAACAACGAGCUUAUCAUCUACGUGUUUGCGUUGUUCAACGAGAACAUGAAACCUGGUCCGACGUCGGAGAGGAAUUACGGUCUGUUUAAACCUGACGGAACUCAGGCUUACUCACUUGGAUUCACUCUAAACGAUGUCUGGAGGCGGUGGGAAAACGCCGGUUUUCCAGUGACGCCGGUGGCGCCGGAUAGUGCGUCGACUGGUUAUUUGGCAAUUUCGUCAGCUCCGUUUUAG